UCACAUACACACACUGCCCCCGCCUAUUCACCUAUUCAUGUCGUACAUGUCAACCUACUGAUCACUCAGAUAUGUCCAACCGUUGGUUACACCUUUUCGACUUUAUUUAUUAGUUUUCGAGAGAAAUAUGAAACGUCUUUUCUAUGUCCCUGUUUCUCUCUCUCUCUCUUGAUCGAAUUCGUUGUUCAUUGGUUAUUCACAAAGACAAUAACCAAGGUGACACAUUAUGAUACCCUGCAAUCUAUACAUUUACAUUCUGAUUGAUUAUUUUUCACUUUGUUUUAUGUUUCGAAUCAUUAUUGUUAGUUUUCUUGUAUGUUUGCUUGCUGUUUACCGCCAUUUUGAUCAGGACUUUGCACCUAAUGUUGAGUAUAUAAGCCAUUCCAUCACUUUUGAGUAUACAUAUGAUCAUUUGUGUCGAUAACAGCUAGUGACAUAAUUGUUAUUAGCAGAAAACUUUAUCGUUAAAUAAAAUGUAAAAACCAGAGAAAAAAAAGGAAAAAAUAACGAACAUUAAUUCAUUGAUUAGUGAGCUAACCAUCAUUAUUUGUUUCACUUGAUGUCAUAACAUAUUUAUUAUCACUAUUAUUAUUAUUAUUGUUAUUAAAAUUACUUAUCUUUCCCUCACUCCAAUGAGUAGACGAUCCGUGAACCCUGUCAACCCCUUAUUAUGUAUGACUGUCCGAUUAGAACAUUAUGUUGAAUUACGCAUAACUGAUAAAUACUCUACACCGAUAUUUCAAUAUCGUCUUGAACAACACUUUUCUAGUCCAUGGAAAGAACCAAGAAAGUGUAUUAAAACCAAGCUUAUCCUCACGUAUACAUCAGUCAUAUUGAAAAAUGCAUCAUGGUGGCCAUACCGCAGUAUUAAUUCAAUCGAUUAUAAAUCAAUACAAAAAUUUAUUACAUUUAAUCAAGAGAAUUUAAGAUUCGCCAUUGGUAUAUAUGAUGAAGAUUUCGCAGAGAAACAAUAUGUUGUUAUGUCAGCAAAAAAUUUCUCUGAUGUUGAAAAAUUAAUUCAAUUAAUUCAUUCACAAUUAUUAAUAUGGAAACAUUCAUUAAAAGAUGAAAGUGAUCAAUUCAGUCAAACUAAAGUGAAUAAAAAAUCAAUAAUUCAUGGAAAAUCAAUAAAUUCAUUGAAAUCAAUCGAUAAAAAUACUUAUUUAAAUGAUGUCAAUGAACAAAAUUCAGGAAAUAAUACAUAUAAAAUACGAAAAGUAUAUAAUAAUAAUAACAAUCGUCACGGGGCCCAUGGAGAUAAGCAAAGAUCACAUCAUACCUAUACCAAUUUAGAUGAUAAUAAUGUACAAAUAAUCGAAGCCCAACAAAGUACAUCACAUAAUUGUAAUUGUGGUAAUAAAGGACAUAAAGUAAAACUGGAUAGAAAGACAAAAGAAAAUGAAAUUAAAAGUCAUCAUAAAAACAGUCAAACAGACACUGAGUAUUAUUAUCAUCAUUCCCAUCAUGAUAACCAUCAUUAUGAUCACCAUCAAUAUGCCACAUAUCCUUAUGAAAAUGAUCCGAAAUCAUGGGAAGUAGAUAUUAAAUACAUACGCUAUGAUCCUGUACUGGGAAAUAUUUUAGAUGAAAACGGUUCAGUUUAUUUAUAUACUGCACAUGAAAUUCCCUAAAUGACACAGUAACUAUUCACCUUUUUUUGUUUUCUAAAUCAAUGAAUAUUGAUAUUCAGAUUGUUUAACCUAAUUUUUUGUUUUUUUGUUUUAUCAUGUAAUACAAAGAAGAUACCUUUCUGUAUCAGUAUCGUACCUCUUUAUGUGCUUCAAUGUGUUUACCAUGAUUCUAGUCUCUAUGUGAGUAUUUAUAAUACACUAUGAAGACAGGCUUCAUUGGUUUAAUGGGCAACGU